UGACGGUUCAACUAUGGCUUCCCCCUCGCAGUGAUGGAGGCUCGUUGGUAACAACAACACGAACCUCAGGCUUUCCCCACCGCGUGUUGUUCCGCUGACACUGGCUGGAGCCACGAUGCAGAAGAUCAAGUCUCUCAUGGCCCGGCAGGGCCUGAAGAGCCCCCAGGAGAGCAUGGCUGACCUCAGUCCUGUGGAGAACCUGAGGAUCCCCAGCAAGGAGGAGCUGCGGGAGAUGAGGGAACAGUCCAUCGACCCCCAGGCGGAGCAGGAGAUCAUCAACAGCGUUGAGGAGGUCUACUUCUCCAACGACUCCUUCGACAUGGUGCAGCACGAACUGGAGAAGCUCCCACCUGAGCUGAACCUGCAGGAGCUGGAGGAGCAUCGAGACAAGCUGAAGAGACAACAGGCAGCAGUUUCUAAAAAGGUCGCAGAUCUCAUUCUGGAGAAACAGCCCUCUUAUGUCAAGGAGCUGGAGAGAGUUACCGCCUUACAGUCCAACCUGCAGAUGGCAGCAGUCAUUUGCACUAACGCAAGGAGACAACUGAGCGUGUCGAAGGAAGGAUUCACAGAGGCCAGCCUGGGUCUACUUGCCAAUCAGAGACGACGACAACUGCUGACAGGCUUGCUCAAGUCUCUGAGGACCAUCAAGACACUGCAAAGAACAGAUGUAAGACUCAGCGAGAUGCUUGAGGAGGAAGACUACCCAGGUGCAAUCCAGCUCUGUCUGGAAUGUCAGAAAGCUGCCAGCACCUUUAAACACUACAGCUGCAUCAGCGAAUUGAAUUCCAAACUACAAGACACCCUGGAGCAAAUAGAGGAGCAGCUUGAUGUCGCCCUGUCGAAGACGUGUAAGCACUUUGAUGUUUCGCACUACACCAAGGUCCAGCUGGCCUACACGCUCCUGGGCAAGACACAGACCGCUAUGGACCAGCUGCACAUGCACUUCACCCAGGCCAUCCACAACACCGUGUUCCAAGUGGUGCUGGGAUACGUGGAGCUGUGUGCUGGCAACGCUGACACCAAGUUCCAGAAGAUGCAAUACAAGGACCUGUGCACGCACAUCACCACGGACAGCUACAUCCCCUGCCUGACGGACCUGUGCAAGGCAUUGUGGGAGGUGAUGCUGAGCUACCACCGCACCAUGCAGUGGCACGAGGAGCAAGACAAGCAGGAGGCCACGCCAGCUCCAGAUGGAGCAGCAGCAGCAAAGUCUGAUGAGCUGGUUGUGGACCGCAGCUACGUGAAGAAGAAACUGGAGCACGGUCUGACACGGAUCUGGCAGGAUGUCCAGUUGAAAGUGAAGGCCUACAUCCUGGGCACGGACAUGUCUAAUUUCAAAUAUGAUGAUUUCAUAGUGGUACUGGACGUCAUCAGCAAGUUGAUGCAGGUGGGCGAGGAGUUCUGCGGCAGCAAGUCCGAGGUCCUGCAGGAGUCAAUCAAACGCCAGAGCGUCAACUACUUCAAGAACUAUCACAGGGCACGACUGGAAGAACUAAGGAUGUUUCUGGAGAAUGAGACGUGGGAACUUUGUCCUGUCAAGUCUAACUUCAACAUCGCCCAGCUCCAUGAGUUUAAGUUCAUGGGCCAGUGUCGCUCUCCGUCCGUCUCCCCGAGCAAACAGGCCACGUCCUCGAGCACAGCGGCCCACGAGGAGCUGUCACUCUUCCAGCAGUACCUCCAGGAGGGGAACCCGUUCGAGAUGCACAUCGAGGAAAAAGAGGAGGAGACAGAGGAUGUGCUGGCAUCCAACGGAUAUGAGUCAGACGAGCUGGAGAAGAAUGUUUAUCAGGAUUACGACAGCGACAGCGAUGUCGCCGAGGAGCUCAAGCAGGACUUCGUGGACGAGCAGACGGGAGACGCCCCUCUCAAGAGCGUGUCCCGAGAGACCAUAAGAAGCAAGAGGAAGUCAGACUACAACCUUAAUAAGACCAAUGCACCAAUCCUCACCAACACCACCCUCAACGUCAUCCGACUCGUGGGGAAGUACAUGCAGAUGAUGAACAUUCUGAAGCCGAUCGCCUUCGACGUCAUCCACUGUGUGUCACAGCUCUUCGACUACUACCUGUACGCCGUAUACACCUUCUUUGGACGCAAUGACAUGCCCAUCCCAAGCCCUUCUUUGCCAACUCACAGUGGCAGAGAGUCGGGUGCUGCCAGGGUGGUGGGCCCCGCUUGCUUGUAUGAGUCAUCGGGCCUGGGCCUUAUCAGCAGCAGACUGAGAACCACACUGAACCGGAUCCAGGAGAACCUCAUUGACAUGGAGGCGCUAGGGGAGAAUGCAGGCGUCCACGGCCCAGCGGAAGACAGGAAGGAGAAGGUGCCCAGCCCUCAUCUCAGCCAGCUGGUGGUCCUCACCAACAGUGGGACUCUGUAUGGGCUCGCACAGAGGGUGGUGGCCACUGAGUCUCUCGUGUUUCUGGCUGAACAGUUCGAGUCCCUCCAGUCCCACCUGGACACCAUGAUGCCUGCAGCCAAGAAGCCUUUCCUGCAACAGUUUUAUUCCCAGACGGUUUCUACAGCCAGUGAACUCAGGAAACCGAUCUACUGGAUCGUGGCAGCCAAGGCCAUCGACUACGAACAAAUGCUGCUCCUGAUGUCUGGAGUGAAAUGGGACAUCAGGGAGAUAAUGUCACAGCACAACGUUUAUGUGGACGUCCUCUUAAAGGAGUUUGAGGAGUUCAACAAGCGGCUGGGUGAUGUUUCCAGACACGUGCGCAUCCCGCUGCCUGUGUCCAACGUCCUCUGGGAGCACUGCAUCCGCCUGGCCAACAGGACUCUUGUGGAGGGCUACGCUAACGUGAAGAAAUGCAGCAACGAGGGCCGCGCGCUAAUGCAACUGGACUUCCAGCAGUUCCUCAUGAAGCUGGAGAAGCUGACCGAUCUGAGACCCAUCCCCGACAAAGAGUUUGUGGAGACCUACAUCAAGGCUUAUUACCUGACGGAGAACGACAUGGAGCAGUUCAUCAAGAAUCACAGGGAGUACUCCAUGAAGCAGCUCGCCAACUUGGUCAACGUUUGCCUGGGCUCACACAUAAACAAGAAGGCUCGUCAGAAACUCCUGGCAGCCAUCGACGACAUCGACCGACCCAAGAGAUAGACCGAGCCGACCCGAAACCUAUCAACCGACGACCCGCAGAGAUGGAACAAAGGAACUCCCACAGUGUCGAAUGUCUCCUGUUUUUGUACAAAACAUGAUGUUGGGUGCGUUCGAUGAGUAGCCGAGCUACAGUUCGUAGCUCAAAAGUUAGCCAGAUGCUAACGAUCAGUCUUUAUAUCGUUUAAAACACAACCAGCCACUUGUUCAACGCACCUCAAGACACAAUAAACAGUCAUACUAAAAGUGUUGAACACACUCAAAGCAUGCUGCAGUUACUCACGUACCACAACGCAUGCUCUCACCAGUUCAUUUAUCAAACAAUGCUGCUUCUGAACCUUUCCUGCGAUUAUGGUCUGUAAACAUUACCUUUUAUUCCUCUUCGGUGACCGGGAGCAACAGAUCCUGAGUUUGUUUUUUCAGACAAACAUCCACAAACAAUGGACCCAACGCUGUAAAUGUGAAGUGUGCCGUGAACAUGUGGCCGUUCAUAUAUGGCGCUCCACCUGUUUCUCACCAAGUGUGCUCAGUUUGCUGACUCGGCUCCGACGUCGAGAUUAAAGAAAACAACCAGUGAAUAUUUACGAGUCACUGAAUUUUAUCGUCACGUUGCUAAUGCUUUGCAAGAACAUUUUAAUGGUUCCACCGCUCUACUGUCUGAAUGUGUUCUCUGCUGGAGAUCCAGUAAAUCUGGCUCCUUGUUCACUUAAAUCAUUCAUUUAAGUUAUUCCAGCCCAUGUGUUUCUUUGUUUUAUUUGUUUAAAUCUAAUAUAAUGAUGAUUCUGAAAAUAAUAUAAAUUUCUGUUGUUAGCGUUAACAUAGUCAAGAGAUUAAAAUCAGCUGCACUUGUUUGCGAUCUGUCAAAUCUGGGGAGGACAUGAUUUUAUCGUCCUGGGGUGAGUUUUUGAAAGUCUUUGCAGAGGUUCUUAUCCUCGACUCGAGUCUUCAGCCUUCCUGCUUAACAGUGAAACUGUAUUUUUCAUUCUUGUCGGGUGCAGCAGUCAGACUUAGAUUAUGAGUUAGUGGUUAAAUUGUGUCAACUACCAGAGCUUCCCUCCAGGCUUUUUAAUGUCCCCUCCAGUCUUCCCCAGUAGGUUGACCUGACCAGACCUCGCCAACGGGGGCAGGUCCAUUUAUGUCAAACAGGAAGAAAAAAGAAGAAGAAUAGAAAUGAAGUUCCAGCUUUUGAUACAGCUUCAUAUAUAUAUAUUUUGUGUGCACCUAUUCCAAGAUGAAUAUUGUAAAUGUGAAUGAACGAUGUCUGUAUUUAUUUCUUGCCCUGUGUCUCGUUUAUGUUUUUAUAUGAUCACUUCUGGAAGAGCGCCGUCAUUCAUCGCCUCUGAUUAUCUUCUAACUUAUCAAGUGAAGCAAAUGCUACUAUCUAAACAUUGUCAGAAUUACAUUUAAGGGUCAACGUGCGCUAUAGUGGAAAUCUGUAAUCGGUGUUAGGGUUAAAGUUGUGGAUGAUUCCAACAUAAUAAACACGCUAACGAUGAAAA